AUGAAUGGUUCAGGACCUGUUCAUGGCAGGAGAUCGUCCUCGCCAAUGGCACCACCGUUCAUGGUCUCUGCACCGGGAAAAGUGAUUGUUUUCGGUGAACAUGCAGUCGUUUAUGGAAAAGCUGCCAUGGCAGCUGCCAUUUCUCUCCGAUCCUAUCUCCUCGUCACCACCCUGUCCAAGUCGCAUCGAACCGUCACCCUUGUCUUUCCUGACGUUGGAUUGGACCACACAUGGACAAUUGAAGAUCUGCCGUGGAGCGCCUUCGCCAAUGAAGGCAAGAAGAGGAGAUAUUACGACAUGGUCACCUCCCUCGACCAUGAUCUGGUCAAGGCAAUGCAGCCGUACCUUGCAGACGUCUCUAUCCACCUUCCCGAGCAAGAACGAAAAGUUCACCACGCUGCAGCUUCCUCUUUCCUCUACCUAUUUCUGUCACUUAGCUCUCCGACUGCUCCCGCUUGCAUAUACACAUUGAGAUCCACCCUACCCAUUGGAGCAGGACUAGGAUCGAGUGCCAGUAUCUGCGUUUGCAUCAGCGCCGCAUUGUUGAAGCAGAUUCAGAUCCUGUCUGGCCCGCAUGCAGAUCAACCGAGCGGAGAGGUGGACACACAGAUCGAGCGCAUAAACAGAUGGGCGUUCGUGGGCGAGCUGUGCAUUCAUGGCAAUCCUAGUGGCGUGGACAACACAGUGUCGACCCGAGGAAAGGCGGUGCUCUUCAAGAGAACAGACUACAACAGGCCUCCCGAAGUGACUCCGCUGAAGGACUUCCCUGAGCUACCUCUACUACUCGUCAAUACCAAGCAAUCACGUUCGACAUCUGUGGAAGUCGCCAAAGUCGCUGCAAUGAAACAGAAACAUCCUACCAUCACCGAAGCCACCUUGAACAGCAUUGAUGAGGUGACGAACUCGGCGCAUGAUUUGAUCACAUCUGAGGGUUUUGAUGUUCGGUCAGAUCAGAACCUGGAGCAUCUUGGCGAUUUAUUCAGGAUCAACCAUGGCCAUCUUGUCUCCUUGGGCGUCUCACAUCCGAAGCUGGAGCAUAUCCGCGAGCUCGUGGAUUAUGCAGAUAUCGGAUGGACGAAGCUAACUGGAGCCGGUGGCGGUGGAUGUGCUAUAUCGCUUCUGAAGUCGAAUGCAGAUGCUGCCACAAUCAAGAGGCUGGAAGAAAAGUUUCAAGAAGCAGGCUUUGAACAGUAUGUUGUCACGCUCGGAGGUGAUGGGGUUGGGGUCCUAUACCCUUCAGUGUUGUACAACGGCACGGACGAAAAAGGUGGCGAAGAAAUCGAUCAGCAAAAGUUUCUUCGAGCUGAGGGAGCUGAUGAGAUUGAAAGACUGGUGGGAGUCGGCUUACACGAGAAACGAGUACAGUGGAAAUUCUGGCGGUAA